CACACCGCGCGCACCAUGGCCAGCAUGCACAGGGCGCCAAGCCAUCAGCUUGUCACCUUCCCGCCCGUGCCCGAGCAGAACACCGGAACAGAGCAAGCGAAACAAAAGCUAAUUAAGCGACCCAUGGCCCAGGGAGGCGAUGCCGCCGCGUGCCGCCGCAGUCUCCCCCUGCUGCCACUGCCACCGCGCCUCCUCCUCGUCGUCCUCGUCGCCAUGCUCACCGUGGCUUUGGUGGCGGCGCCGUCGGCGAGGGCGGCGUGGGUGGAGGACUACCCGUCGGGGGUGCCGUGCGGGGCGACGAUCCCGGUGGAGCAGUGCGACCCGGGGGACGCGGCGGCCAACAGCGCCUGCAUGGACGUGUGCCACUACGGCGGGUGCCGCCGCGGCGGCCGCUGCGUGUCGCUCGGCUUCGCCAGGGGCCGCGGCUGCCAUUGCAGGUGCUAGCCUAGCAGCGCGGCAGCUUCCAUGUUCUUGCAGUUCGCCAGCGGUUCUUACCGGCCUUUUUUCCCCUCUGUGUGUAUUUGAGUGGUACGAUCUGUGCAAUAUCACGUUGGGUGUUUUCACCUGCGCACUCCGUGGCUUUUGUUUGCUCCUGCGUU